GAGUGGUCUCAGUUUGGCGUAGAGACUGAGAGCUGAUCGAUAGGUUUGUGACAUACGGCUAAAGAGCUACAGUGUGGAGAAUACAGUACUCUCAGAAUGACUGAUCCCAUGCUUGCCCAGAUGACCAGACUCAAACUCAGGCUGCUGGAGAAGAGACUGGAGAACGAGAGGGACAACAAGGACAGCAGAGCAGAAUCUGCCCUAUCCACCAGGAGUUUUGAUGGACAGGCGGAUGCGUUGCACAGUGUGCUUAGACGAAAAAAGGACCUGCUGCAAAGACUGAGGCACAUGUUGGAGGACCUGAGCAGACCUCACACCUGGGGUGGGACAGGGAGACGGUACCGUCCAGACCUUCUCCCUCCUCCUGUCCCUCUGCCUCCUACUCCGGCCCCCAUCCAUAUCUACCAGCCUGCCCUUGUACCCCCCGCUCCACCCCCGCCACACCCCCCGCCACAGCCUCCACGCAUCAUCCAGCAAAUGUUGCCCCAGCAGCCUACUACCUUCAUUCAGCAGUUACCACAGCAACAGCCCCUCAUACAACAGAUACCCCCUCCUCAGCCUUACCCUGCACCAAGGUCUGGGAGCAUCAAAGAAGACAUGGUGGAGCUGAUGUUGAUGCAGAAUGCUCAGAUGCAUCAGAUCAUAAUGCACAACAUGAUGCUGAAAGCAAUACCUCCCAUGGCCCUAUCACCACCUAACCCAGGACAGGAUGUUGUUGUGAGGUCAGCAGUCAAACCAAGAGGAAACGCCGUCCACCACCAUCACUACGGCCCCCAGGCCCAACUGCUACCUCCCAUUGGCUAUCCCAUGUGGCCCUCGAUGGCGUCAUCGCUACCUGAAGGGCAGGGCGGGCCUCAUAUGCCGUCCGUGCAGCAUGUGACCUGCCCCAUCACGUUGCCCCCACUCAAUAUGUAUUAGCCUAGCCCUGAACAAUAUGUCUUGCGUGAGCAUUUCAUAUUUCAAAAUAUAUACACAUAGAUGAUUGAUUGUAAAGGUAAAAUGUUUACAUUGAUGUUAUGUUUGAUAAGCAUCAUUUCGGGUAUAGCCAAAUAUAAGGCUUGAAUGGAGAAUUUGCUUCUUGGCGCUGGAAACAUGUUGUAAAUUCAAAUCUGUUGGCCUACUAUGAUUCGUAGUUGCAAAAGAGUGUGCAAAUGACAAAGGUCUGUAAACAUGCAUCAGGACUCCAAAAUAAAUAAAACAAGAUUUGCAAACA